UUUUUAAUAGAGCUUCAGUUAAAGUAAGUUAUUAUUCUGAAACGGAGGUUUUGUUUCUAGUGGUGUGAUUUUUUGUGUUGAUUUCAAAAAAUUCAAUUUGUUGAUCCCAAUUUUUUUGUGAUGGGUUUUGGCAGUGUUUUCGAUCUUGACGAGUAUGUGUCAACUCUUCGAGGCGAGGAAUUCCAAGAUAUGACCGUGGAUAAAGUGUGGCGUAUCGUGCGAAUUGCAUUGGCCGAAUGUUUUGGAACGGCCAUGUUUGUUGCAAUUGGAUGCAGUUCACUGGUUGCAUUCGCCGAUGCACCCGUCAACAAUGCACUUCACACUGCACUUGCUUUUGGGUUCGCUGUCACAAUGGCAAUUACUACAUUCGGCCACAUAUCAGGCUCCUAUAUCAAUCCAUCGCUGGUUUCAGCAAUGAUAGUGGGCAAAAUAUCUCUGCCAAUGUUCGUAGUCUACACUGUAUCUGAAUGUGUGGGAGCCUACAUGGGUUUAUCAGCAAUCAAGGCAAUAUCGCCAGAGAGCAGCAUAGGCAAAGACUUCUGCGUGUCUGUGCCGAGUGCGGCUCUGACAGAGUCGCAGGUACUGUCUGCAGAGGCUUUGUUGACGUUCUGUCUGUGUAUGCUGUUCUGCAGCGUAAUAGAUCCGGCCAACCAGGACAAGCAGGACUCAGUUCCUCUCAAGUUUGGAGCCAGUAUCGUUGCUUUGGCUGUUGCUGGGGGAAAAUACACUGGCUGCAGUAUGAAUCCGGCUAGAAGUUUCGGCCCCGCUUUACAAGCUGGCAUUUGGUCCAAUCAUUGGUUAUAUUGGCUGGGACCUCUGACAGGAGCUCUGUUUGCCGGAUUGUUUCAUCGCAUGAUUCUCAGGGAACAUCAACACCAACAGCCAACUCGGGCUAAAUCUACAAACUUCGACGAAACUGAUGAACCAAAAGUGACUUGUGAAUAAACUCUCAACCUGUUUUCCAACCAUAAAGCCGCUAGAUAAUUCAUUUGUUCCUUGAAAAGUUGAGAAAAUCAUACGGAACUUAAAAAUUAUCUACAAUAUUUGGCUUUAAAUUAUCAAAAAUGAUUCAUCACCACAGAGGCAAAUAUACAAAUAAUCUAUGAUAUAAUAAAGGAAAGAACUGUCUUAUACAAGUACAGGAUAGGAAAUUCACGAAUGACGCAUCAUCACGUCUCAACUACUCAACUGAAUAACUUCAAAUUUUGCAUGCAGAUUCUUAAUCUACCGAUGAUGGUUAUAGGCCUAUUCUCAAUUUAUUCUUCAAGAUCUAAGUUUAUCAAGUUUUCAAUUGGACCUUUGCGGAGCACGGGUUACCUUCUAGUUAUAUGAUGUUGAUGGACUCAUAAUUUUCUAAUCAUGACCAGUUUUCUAAUCAUGAGGUCGUUAGAUAAUUCAAUUGUUCCUUCAAAAUUUGAGAAAGUCGGUAAAUAAUCAUUUUAUUCCUUCAAGAGUGUUGAGAAAAUCAUAAUGAACUUUUAAGUUAUCUAAAAAUUUGACUUCAGAUUGUCAAAAUUAUCAAAAACUAUUCCCACAAAAACUACAAAUUUCAGUAAGAUUUCUCACGCUAGAGAUACAUUUUAAUGAGCUCAAAUCCUGUUUUCCAAUCAUAAACUCAGCUGAUAAUCAGUUUUCCCAUUUGAGGCCCGGUUGCAUAAACGCCGGUUAAAUUUUAGCCGUGGUUAAUUUCACGAGAACCAAUCAGAGAGGGCCUUUUAGAAAAGACGGUUUCUCUGAUUGCUGCUCGUGAAGUUAAUCACGUUUAAAAUUUAACUGGCUUCUGUGCAACCGGCACUAAGAGUUGAGAAAAUUAUGAGGGACUUGAAAAUUGCAACGAGACUUGGCUUCAAAUUGUCAAAAAGUUUCCGUGAACAUUUUCUAGCAAAAAUGACAAUUUUUCUCAUUUCCCAUUUCUAUAGAUU